AUGGCGCCUCUCGCCACGGAGGAUUACUACCUCUUGCUUGGAGUCGAGCACACCGCAACCCUCGAUGAGAUCACCAAGUCCUAUCGUCGACUCUCACUGAAGCUCCAUCCCGAUCGCAACAAACAGCCAAACGCAACGUCAGAAUUCCAGCGACUCGGUCUCGCGCAUGAGACACUCAGGGAUCCCACGCAACGUCGUGAGUACGAC